GCACCCAAAAUAAGCAACAAUGAUCGAACACGAGAAAUGCAAGCGAGAGAUUCUCUCUCUCGCUCUCUCCCUCUCUCAAUUUAUUACAGAAUCAGGAUUGAAAAUUUUCUCUUAAACCCCUCAAAUUUGAUCUCCAAGAAACGAAGAAGAAGAGGAGGAGGAGGAGGAGGAGAAUGGCGAUCGAAUGGGUGAAGAAGAUGAGCGCCAUCUUUGGCCCUUGUUUCGUCUGGCUAGUCAUCGUGAUUUACUUCACCCAGGGUUUCAGAUCCUUUGUUUGGACUGCAGUUUCCUACCAGAUGAAAGAUGUGCUCAAGCUUUCACCUUCGGCCUCCCAGUUUGUGGUUUCUGUAGCAUAUGUCCCUUGGAGUAUAAAGCCUUUAUAUGGAAUUUUAUCAGAUUGCAUACCUAUUCGACGGAAGAGGAGAAAACCAUACUUGGUUCUUGGUCUGACAUCUCUGCGGAGUUCACACAACUAUUUGAUGGCCUGCUUAACAGUACAAAACUUAGGAAAUGCCAUGGCAGAUGUUGUUAUUGAUGCCAUGAUUGCAGAGGCAGUUCGUGCUGAGAAAGCAGAAUUUUCUGGGGAUCUACAGUCAUUAUCCUGGUCUGCAAUGGCCUUGGGAGGAAUAUGUGGGAGCUUACUAGGAGGUUACAUGUUGUCAACAAUUAAAAUGGAUACAAUUUUCCUGCUUUUCUCUAUACUUCCAAUCAUCCAGCUAUUAUCAUGUGCUUCUAUUAAGGAGGUUCCUUCAGAAACUCCAAAGGUGGAUCAAACUGAAUCAAGCAGUACUAUAAGCAGUUCUUCUACUGAGAAUUCAAAUUCCCAAAUUAGGAGAAGACGAAAAGGCAGCCAUAAGAAGAAUAAAAAGAAAAACAUCUCCUUAAAAUCUGAGAUUACAGCACAACAUCAUUCACCACUAACUGCAAGAUGGCAUGAAUCUCUGAAAUCGGCUUUCUUUAGUUUGUGUUGUACAUUUAGACAGCCGAUCAUCUUAAGGCCUAUGGCCUGGUUUUUCUUUUCACAUAUUACAGUUCCCAAUCUCUCAACAGUCAUGUUCUAUUAUCAGACUGAAGUGUUGCACUUGGAAGCAUCCUUUUUGGGGAGUGCUCGUGUGGUUGGGUGGUUUGGCCUAAUGCUCGGUACAUAUACGUACAAUCGCUAUUUGAAACAUAUGAAACUUAGAAGAAUUCUCAUGUUUGCUCAUGUUGGUCUUGGCAUUAUGAACUUUCUGCACAUUGCUCUAGUAACUCGAUCAAAUAUUCAGCUUGGAAUACCUGAUAAGUACAUGGUGCUUGGUGGAUCAGCUGCAUGGGAUACAAUUAACCAGUUCAAGUUAAUGCCGUUCCUGAUCUUAUCAGGACAACUUUGCCCUCCUGGAAUUGAAGGAACUCUUUUUGCUCUCUUCAUGUCCAUAAACAACUUAGGCUCCACUCUUGCCUCAUUCUCCGGUGCUUCCCUGGCUUCAAUGCUCAACAUUUCAUCAGGAUCUUACGAUAAUCUUCUCUAUGGAUUGAUUGUGCAACAAAUAUGCACGCUUAUUCCAGUCGCCUUCCUCUUUUUGAUUCCCAAGGAAGCUACUGGAUUAACAUCAGAAUGAUAUAACAUAGCUUUGGUUAAGUCAUAGCCACCCAGAAAGGUUAUGUAUAGAUAGAGAAAGAUAAACAUGAAAAUUGGUACUUCCUACUUUUUCCGGGUCAUUUUUUUGUUACCUAACCCUGUUCGUAGUGAUUUCACUUGUAACAGAACUCGUUUUGAAAAAUUUGAUGACAUUUGCAUGGGAAA